GGUGAUUUCUGUCUCUCUCGUUUCGAAGCUUUGAGAUUGUAUUUCGUUUGCCCGACGUUAGUUUCGGGGGAAUUCCGUAUGCGAGUUUUUGUCGUAGACUAUUUUGCCCCUGCCGUCUUGAGUUGCAAUGAUUAGACAAUGUGCAAUGAUCACCUAAUCAUAAUGAAACGGUAGGUUAAUCUAGAGAGAACUCUGCUCAUAAAUCACAGAGUAAAAUGUUAGAGAAAUCUAUGGUGGAUUUUACUAUGCAAUUCAAUUCAAAUAUGCAUUGAAAGAAGCAGGUAAUUCUGAAGAGGUCAAGGGUUUGGUGAACGGCAGGUAAUUCUGAAGAGGUCAAGGGUUUGGUGAACGAAGCCAUGUCAACAAUGAGCACUGACUAGAUCAGAAGCUCAUGUGUUAAGCAUGGGUGUCUUACAUUGACAAGUCAAAGUCUUUUAUCUGUAACAAGAUGACACCAUUUGCUGAUUACCUGCCUGCACAUGUCUUGCAGUGUUGAUAAUCUUUCUGAUCUUCUCUCCUUUCAGGAUUUUGGUCUGCAGUAUGUGAGAGUUCUGCCUGUGCUGUUAAUAAAGUGAGAAUGCGUGGAGGUCUUGAGCCGUUCAGCGUUUUGUAAUGCACUUGAUUACUUUAUUCACCAAGAUCAUUGGUGUGGUGACCAUUGCCCUCGUUUCCAUAGUUUCCAUCUUGGGCCUGAUCUGCUUAAGCCGAGCGGUGUAUUUUCAGCUGUGGAUCAACAAAAGAGGCUACCAGCGACUUAACUACUUCAACGGGCCGUGGCUAACAAGGAUAACACUAGUAUUGGUUGCCUUCUGGUGGGGUAUUGGAGAAGUACUUCGGCUCACUUUCGUGAAUGGAGAGGGGAGGUUCACUUCUGACCCGACGUGGCAAGAAAAUGUUUGCAAAUUCUAUAUCAUCUCAAAUUUGGGGUUUGCAGAGCCAGGAUUGUUCUUGUUGCUCGCUUUCCUUCUCAGUGCAGCUUUACAGAAGCAAGAGCUUGGUACCUUAAACCGGAAGUGGAAUCGAAAAACCAUACGCGCCAUGUUCGUUAUCUGCCUUCCUUCAUUUCUCUGGGAAGCUUGUGUUGUUUUCAUUGGUCCUCGUGUCGCUUCAGAUGAUGGCCAAACAUCAAAGCUUGGAAAGUUCUGGUAUUCAGCUACAGCGGUCCACAAUGGCAAUGUCGCAUGCACAUACCCAUUGUUGAGCAGCAUAUUUCUUGGGGCAUUCUACAUCAUAUUGGCCAUUUAUGUGAUGUUUGUUGGAGGACAGAUGCUGUCUUUGGUGAUCAACAAGGGGCUCCGACGGAGGAUAUACAUGCUAAUAUUUGCCACUAUAAUAUUACUUCCCCGAGCUACACUUCUUGGGCUCUCCAUUGUUGCAUGGCCAGGUGAAACAUCCCAUGAGUCACUCGUAUUUAUCUCCUUCCUGGUGCUGAUGCUUGCUGCCAUGGUUGGUAUUGUGAUUUUGGUGUAUUUUCCGGUUGCUGAUGCCUUCGCUAUAAUUGAUCAAGGGAACAUUGAGAUGCAAGCGGAUCAGGAGACUAUCCUAUGACUCAGGCUUUGUUGUUUGACUGAUUCUUUAGCUGAUUGUUCAAGGACAAAUUGAUGGCCAUUCCAUUGGUUUCUUCCCUGACCUGCAUAUGAUCUCGGGGAUUUUGUAAACAUAGAAUAGAUUAAAUAGGGACAACAUUCUCCUUUUCUCUAAUUCUUUUCAUCCUUUUCUUCACACAUGUUGGUGUGAAGAGAAGUCCUGUAAAAUAGUUUAUACAGAGUAGUGAAGAUCAGGCAUGUUUUCCUUAUUGUCUUCUGUACAUUGAAAAAAGAAAGAUUAUACACUUUCACCUCUCUGGAGGGGCUUAUAUCAUGUGGGCGAUGUCUCCACCAUUUUAGUACCUCAA